GACUCAAUGAAAAACCGAAACUUCCUUCUUCGAAACGUUUCGGUGAUCCGCAUGUUCACAAACGGCUUCUUCCGUAGUAAAUGGCGAUCCGUUGCUGGUAACCGUCGCAUUAUUAGGUCGGUGAAUUACAUUUUCAUGUUAUCUCUCUCCUUUCUGUUUGUUUACCGAGAAAUUGAUACGAAAUGAAAAUUUUGAUGUCCGUGUUCUUAUAAUUAAUUUUGAUAAUCGAAGGGCUGAAUUUGAAGCAUUAAUUUUAUGAGAAAAUUUUGGAUUUUUCGUAUCUUUGAGCUGUACAUUGCAGUUAAUGUUUGGUUGACAAGAAAAUAAAAGAAAAAGGAAAAUUUUUGAAUUUAUAAAAAUCAAAAUAAGUUUCUUUUUAGAGCUGAAAUAUCAAAUUAAAAUAAAAUUUAUUUAUGUAUUUAAUAAAUAGAAGAAGAAAACAUUUGUAAUGCCUUAUUAUCAAAUUUUGAAUUGAUAAAGUCACGCUUUUGAUUGUUAGAGACGUAACCUAUCAGUGAUUAGUAUAGGAAAUUCCGUUUAGUAUUGGAAUUUGUGACACUUUAACGAGAAAAUGGAUGAGAAAUUAUCUUAGUAAAGUGAAUUAAGGCUGUGUUGGGUACAUAAGAUUAUAAUCGGAUAGGAUAAGAUGAUAUUAUGAUUAGCAUUAGAUUAAAUAAUAUUGUACUAUAUUGUGUUUGAUGUAUGUAAGGAUUAAGAUAGGAUAAUUUAUUUAUUAGUCAAAAAUAUCCUUCUUCAAAGUUUAUAGAAUUUAAAUUAUUAAUGUAAUUUUUAAGGGCAUAAUAAGACAUGUAAGUUCAAUGGAUUAAAAUAAUCCCCUCCACUUUGGGAGGAUUAAAUCAUGAUAUGCUAAGCGGUUGAUUAAUCUUUCUUACAAUCCUAUCUCUUUCUUUAGAUAGAAACCAAACAUAGUAUAGGAUGAUUAUCAUCCCAUCCUAUCAACCAUCCUAUGCAUCAAACAUGACCUAAACAUUUGUUUUUGCUCUUGGCAUAAUAAGUGUUUCUCAGUAUAACUUCUUGUUCAUGUUUUAGUUUUCCUGGAAAAGGGUUGUCUCUGUUCGGACAAGUUCCUGCUUAAGUUGGUUGGAUUGUGAUGCUGGAAUAUCACUUAGCCAAUCUACGGAGUUUAAAAAUUUUAUGCAUGGAUGCUCGAGAGAAAUCGAGAUCCACGAUACUGGAAUCAUCAAAAGAUAAGAGGGUGCCUAUUUUUGUAAUGAUGCCUGUGGAUGCAUUCUCUUUUGAUGCCUCUGGAAGGCCAAGGAUUAGAAAGUGUUCACGGAAUUGGAGUUGAGGUCUGGUGGGGAAUAGUGGAGCGUUCUUCUCCUUUUGACUACAGUUGGUCUCUGUAUGAAGAGCUUUUUAAAUUGAUAUCUGAUUCAGGGCUAAAGUUGCAUGUUGCCUUGUCUUUUCACUCAAAUAUUCACUCAUCUAAUGGAAAAGGGGGUGUGAGUCUUCCACUGUGGAUUUUAGAGAUUGGUGAUGUAAAUAAAGACAUAUACUAUCGAGACCAACAUGGCUUCUCCAACAAUGAUUAUCUUACACUAGGGGUGGACCAAGUUCCUCUGUUAUCUGGGCGGACUGCCCUCCAAUGUUAUGAAGACUUCAUGGUUAGUUUUGUUGAUAAAUUCGAAUCCUAUAUUGGAAGUGUAAUAGAAGAAAUAAGCAUUGGUCUUGGUCCCUCUGGAGAACUUAGGUACCCUGCUCAUCCUUUUGGUGAUGGUAGAUGGAAGUUCCCUGGCAUUGGUGAAUUCCAGUGUUAUGAUAAGUACAUGAUGAAGGACUUAAAGAUGGCAGCAUGCCGAGAAAGAAAGCCUCAAUGGGGGGACAGAGGGCCACAGAAUGCUGGCUGUUACAACAGUCUUCCAUCAGGGGUACCCUUUUUUGAAGAGGGACAGGAAAGCUUUCUAUCUGAUUAUGGCCGUUUCUUCCUGGAAUGGUACAGUGGUAGGCUAAUUUGUCAUGCAGAUGCCAUUCUUGCAAAGGCAGCAAAGAUACUGAACAAAUACCAAGAAAAUGAGCAAACUUCUGUUAUGUUAGUGGCUAAAAUUGGUGGAAUUUAUUGGUGGUACCAGACUAUAUCGCACCCUGCUGAACUAACUGCUGGUUACUACAACACUGCUCUCAGGGAUGGUUAUGAUCCAGUCGUCUCAGUAUUUUCUCGCCAUGGAGCUGCUUUGCAUAUUCCCUGCUUAGAUAUGAUGGACAGUGAAACCCCACCAACAUAUCUUUGCAGUCCUGAAGGAUUACUGAAACAGAUACAGUCUGUUUCAAAGAAAAGGAUAAUUAAGUUGAUCGGAAGAAAUACUACCGAACGACAUGACAAGAGUGGACUAAGGAGAAUUCAUUCAAACUGUUAUAAUCGGCAGACAGAAGUUGUAAGAUCAUUUACUUAUUUCAGAAUGAAUGAUGGUAUAUUUAGGGUUGAAAAUUGGAAUAACUUUGUGCCUUUUGUCAGAUUGAUGAGCAGAGAUUUGUAAUAUACCAUUUUCUAAGCUGAUUAACAUCUUCCUGCCCUUUAUUUUUUCCUGUCGGGGGACAGGGGGAAUUACAAAAGCUUUUGUAGCCUUGUUGUAAAUCUAGUUAUACAUCCUUCCAUCGUCGUUCAGUCCGGCUUUUUUUCU